AUGACGACUGAGAAAGCCAUGAGUGAAAUUUUCAAACCCGUAAUGAAUCCUUUGGAGAAGUUGGUUGAUCAGUCAGUAAAACAGGAAUCAGCUAUCAAGAAAGAACCGAAUGAGGAGUCUUCCGUGAAAAAAGAAGAUGAAUUUAUCGAUAACGAAGAUGAUGAAUUCGAACGUUCGUUUCAAACGGCUCACGGGGAUAUCUCGGAAGAGGAUAUUAGUUUUGAGGAUGAUGAUGAUAGUAUUAAACGUGAUGAUUUGUCUCAAAAUUACUUAAAUAUGUUUGACACGGUGGAAAAGAAAGAGCUGGAUACAUCGUAUGGAGAUACACUAGCAGAAUUGACGAUGCGUAAUUCUGAAAUCAUUGCACAAUUGGAAGACAGACUGAUAGCAUUGGAAAAAAUCCAUAAUAUAAGCCAAAAACAUCGAGUUGAUGAUAGCGAACUUUCAGACAAAAAUAAACGAGAAACGAAUCGUGAAUCCGAGCAUUUCGCAAUUUUCAAGUAA